AGCCCCGGGCUGCGCGGGGCGGGGUGGAAGGGCCCUAGCCUGGCCUUGCCGGGUGGAAGGCGAGGCGCUAAUGGCUCCGCGCGCAGGCGCUGCCCUCUGAACUGGAACAAAAAGCAACUUCCGGUUGGAGUCACUCGGCCGGGGCGCCGGCGACCUGACGCGAGAGGGAGUGUAGCCGAAACCCUGAAUUGAACCUGUCAUUUACUCCAUCCUUUAUAGUGAUGCUACAGAACAAAGAGGAAUGGAUAAAAACAUUGGUGAGCAACUCAAUAAAGCAUAUGAAGCCUUCCGGCAGGCAUGCAUGGAUAGAGAUUCUGCAGUAAAAGAAUUACAGCAAAAGACUGAGAACUAUGAGCAGAGAAUACGUGAACAACAGGAACAGCUGUCACUUCAACAAACUAUUAUUGACAAGCUAAAAUCACAGUUACUUCUUGUGAAUUCCAGUCAAGAUAAGAGUUAUGGCUGUGUUCCUCUGCUUGAAGACAAUGAAACAAGGAAGAAUAAUUUGACUCUUGAUCAGCCACAUGAUAAAGCGAUUUCAGGAAUAGCAAGAGAAAAACUACCAAAGGUAAGAAGACAAGAGGUUUCUUCUCCUAGAAAAGAAAUUUCAGCAAGGAGUCUUGGUAGUCCUUUGCUCCAUGAAAGGGGUAAUCUAGAGAAGACUUUCUGGGAUCUGAAAGAAGAAUUUCAUAGAAUAUGCAUGCUAGCAAAAGCACAGAAAGACCACUUAAGCAAACUUAAUAUACCAGACACUGCAACUGAAACACAGUGCUCUGUGCCUAUACAGUGUACGGAUAAAACAGAUAAACAAGAAGCGCUAUUUAAGCCUCAGGCUAAAGAUGAUAUAAAUAGAGGUGCACCAUGUAUCACAUCUGUCACACCAAGAGGACUGGGCAGAGAUGAGGAAGACACCUCUUUUGAAUCACUUUCUAAAUUCAACGUCAAGUUUCCACCUAUGGACAAUGACUCGACUUUCUUACAUAGCACUCCAGAGAGACCCGGCAUUCUUAGCCCUGCCACAUCUGAGGCAGUGUGCCAAGAGAAAUUUAAUAUGGUGUUCAGAGACAACCCAGGGAACUUUGUUAAAACAGAAGAAACUUUAUUUGAAGUUCAGAGAAUUGACCCCAUAGCUUCAGCUAUACAAAACCUUAAAACAACUGACAAAAUAAAACCCUCAAAUCUUGUAAACACUUGUGUCAGGACGACUCUGGAUAGAGCUGCGUGUUUGCCACCUAGAGACCAUAAUGCAUUAUAUGUAAAUACCUUCCCACUGCUGGACCCAUCUGAUGCACCUUUUCCCUCACUCGAUUCCCCAGGAAAAGCUAUCCGAGGACCACAGCAGCCCAUUUGGAAGCCCUUUCCUAAUCAAGACAGUGACUCGGUGGUACUAAGUGGCACAGACUCAGAACUGCAUAUACCUCGAGUAUGUGAAUUCUGUCAAGCAGUUUUCCCACCAUCCAUUACAUCCAGGGGGGAUUUCCUUCGGCAUCUUAAUUCACACUUUAAUGGAGAGACUUAAGACACAUUUGAAAACAGACAUAUCAAGUUCUAUGUGUGAUGAUUCUGGGUUUGUAAUUCUAUAAAUACUUGAUUGUAAACUAAAUUCAAGAUCAUUUAUAGGAAAAUCUAGUUUCACAGCUAUUUGAAUUUUUUUCUAGAUUUACUGUAUAACUCUUAUUUUUUAAAAAGAUCAUUGUGUUCUUUCUUGGAGAGAUAAGCCCAAAAGAAGAAAAACAAAAAAACAUUAUAUAUAAAACUAUAAUCCUUUAUAUUCAUGUUUACAGUGUUACUACUAUAAUUCAAAAUUAUGUCUGUGACUUAGAGAGUUAUAUAAUCAUAAUUUAUGUUUAUUUCAAAUAUCUAAGUUUAUUGCUUGGAUUUCUAGUGAGAGCUGUUGAAUUUGGUGAUGUCAAAUGUUUCUAGAGUUUUUUUAAAUGUGUUUUUAUUGAAAAAUAUAUAUUAUUUAUGCUAUAUGUGAUAUUCUCUUUGAAUAAACCUAUAAUAGAAAAAUAGCAGACAACAUAAACAUCUUUGUAAAUAUCAAACCUAAUACAUUUUUUGUAUAGUGAUAAAAAGCUGGUAGAAUUAUUUAAACAUUUUAGAUUUUUUAAAAAUAAUAUACAUGGCUUUAAUUUUUACUGUGUGUAUAGCUACAUGAUGAAAUUAAUUAAAUAUUAAAGAAGUCACUUAUGUUGUGAUCAUUAGUGUGUUCUUUGUUCCUGA